AGAAAACACACUUGUCAUGGCAGGAAUCACACAGGACGAAGCUACAAUUUAUGAUCGUCAGAUUAGACUUUGGGGGUUAGACGCUCAGCAAAGGAUUCAAAAGGCAAAUGUUCUCAUAGCUGGAAUGCGUGCGUUGAGUAAUGAAGUCUGUAAGAAUCUUGCCCUUGCAGGCAUUGGAUCAAUUACUCUAUUGGAUCACCGCCGUGUAGUAGAAGAGGACUUGGGAGCACAGUUCUUGUUACGUGAGGAUUCAAUUGGAAAGAACUCUGCAGAAGAGGCAGCCCCUAGAAUAAAGAUCUUGAACCCAAGAGUCAAUGUGAUUGUAGAUCAAGAAGAUAUCAAUACAAAGAAUGACGCGUAUUUUGAGACUUUCGAUAUUGUGUGUCUUAUUGGAGCAGAGUAUGAUUUGAUGAAUAGAAUAAAUUGUGUUAGACGAGAAGUGAACAAGCCAUUCUAUGCGGCCGAUGCCUUUGGUUGGAUAGGUUACAUAUUUUGUGACUUGAAAGAGCACACUUAUGCGUUAGAAAAGCGUACCUGGCCACCUGGGGUUAAACAAACCGAAGACCCAGUUAUCGUUCGCACAACCGAAACAGAAAACUACACAAGCUUAGCCAGUUCUUUGUCAAAGAAUUGGUCAAACACACCAUCUAGAGUACUCAAGAAGCGAGUAUCUCCCAUUACCUUUAUGAUCCAAAUCUUACUUGAGUUCCAGAGUAAAGUGAAGCGAUCUCCCUUUAAGAGUGAGCUCCCAAGGUUGAUAGAACAAAAGGCCGAUCUUCUGAGAGAAAUUGGCGUAGAUGAUCCCAAUCUGUUGAGUGAUAUGUACCUCGGGGAUAUUGCUACUCUUAUCCACACAGAAAUGGCUUCUGUAGCUGCCAUUGUAGGAGGAUUUUUGUCACAGGAGAUACUCAAAGUACUUUCUGCAAAGGACCAGCCACUCCAAAAUUGGUUUUAUUAUGAUGGACGUGAUGGUUCAGGGCGUGUUCAGCAAAUCUGAUAAUAAUAAUGCAUACUACCAAUAAAAUUGGAUAUGCGUACUAGCUUUUACAGAGCUUGUUAAAUAAAAUCAAGCACAAGAAGAGUAUAUUGGGCUAAUGAUUUUUUUUUCAUUUAUACAAUUUGUACUCUAUAUCCCAUAAAGCUUAUAUAAGUAUAUAUAGAAUUUCAUUUACAGAGCCAUAAAAAAAAGGAAAGAAAAAUUGGUUCUCUCAUUUUUACAUGUUUGGCGCAGUUUCAAAUAAAAAAGUCACAUUGCUAUCUUCGGAUACUUAUAAGAUC